AAGAGAUGCAGAUUUAUGGAUUUCGGCAGGUUUCCAAAGUCACUCAUCAUUAUCCAACGAACGGCAUAUUUUACCCAGACCAACGGAUUGAGGAACACGAAGAAUGGGAUUGAGGAUAACGACUCCGUGGGGGUUUAAGUGUUUCGACAAAAUAUUAUGCAAUUAGUUAAUAUUACAGAUGCAAUCAUCCUACCACUCAAACUAUAUGAACUCAUUUAGGCGGGAUCAUUCUACUUUUUCCAAGAAAAUGGCUGAAAUCAAUUUAUUCCAAAGUUAUCCAACAAUUGUUCAAUUGGAAACGAUGCAAAUUGUGCACAGGUAAUUUCUUGGAGGAACAUUUACCUGGUUUUCUGUCGUAUUGGGUUGUUGACAGAGGCAGAGUCCGUUUCCACAGGGAGACACCGCAGUCCAGGCGCAGCACAGAAGAAAAACAUGCAGUCCCUUGACCCAUGGAGAUAUGGCAUAUAGGUUGAUCUCAAACCGAAUCGUGCCAUCUUCAAAUAGGUUGAGCAAACGAUUUAUUUUUAUAUUCACCAUUUCAUUGUCCUUCACAUAUUUAUGCUACAGCAUUCUGUUUUGUUGUGGUACAAUCAUGCCAACCCAGAGUUAUGAGGAAAAAAGGUGCCUCCAUCACAAGAACGUAGGAAGCAAAAAACUUCUGCAAAAAGAUUGCACCGCGGACAGGAGGACUGCUCUGGAUGAGACUUUAAACGUGGCCCUCACUCACCAAGGAUCAAGUCAUGCUCGCAACCAAAGUAGAAAUUCUGCCUUGCCCAUCACUCACAAACGGAGUAUUGCCCCAUCCGAAUAUAAUAUUACUGUUGCACAGAAAUAUGGAAACAAAAAGUUACCUAACGCACUAAUCGUCGGGGUGAAGAAGGGCGGCACCAGGGCGGUGCUGGAGUUCAUUCGAAUUCAUCCAGAUGUGCGCGCGCUUGGAACAGAGCCCCACUUUUUCGAUAGAAACUAUGACAGAGGAUUGGACUGGUACAGAGGACUAAUGCCACGGACUCUAGACAGCCAAAUCACCUUGGAGAAAACCCCCAGCUACUUUGUGACACGAGAGGCUCCCAGACGCAUCGCCAGUAUGUCCCCCAACACCAAGCUGAUUGUGGUGGUGCGUAACCCAGUCACCAGGGCCAUCUCAGACUACACACAGACCCUGUCCAAGAAGCCGGACAUCCCCACCUUCGAGGAGCUGGCCUUCCAGAACCGGAGCCAGGGUCUGGUAGACACCUCAUGGAAUGCUAUCCGCAUAGGGAUGUACAUCCUCCACCUAGAGAACUGGCUGCAGUACUUUCGCCUCUCCCAGAUCCACUUUGUGAGCGGCGAGCGGCUGAUCACGGACCCGGCGGGGGAGCUGGGCCGAGUCCAGGACUUCUUGGGUCUCAAACGCAUCAUCACAGACAAGCACUUCUACUUUAACCGAACCAAAGGCUUCCCUUGCCUGAAGAAGCCAGAGAGCAGCAGCCAGCCCCGCUGCCUGGGCAAGUCCAAGGGCAGAACUCACGUGCAGAUUGACCGGGAGGUCAUUGAGCAGCUCCGGGACUUUUAUAGGCCUUUUAAUAUCAAAUUCUAUGAGAUGGUGGGGCAAGACUUUAGGUGGGAUUGAGAAUCUGAUUUUUUAAAAGCAGGUGAUAUGUGUUUAUUGAAAUGAAUACCUCAGUGAAGUCAUUCAAAUGAGGACACCUUAAAGUGAAUCCAAUUUCUCUUCAUGUUUGAAUAUACAGUGCGAGUUUAACAAGGUGUACGUAAUCUGCCUUUGACUUUAAAACCUCUGAUAUAACUUCCUACUUUAACAUCAUGCUGGUUGUGUUAACCAAAUAAGAUAGAAACAUAUGCUACCAUGCCAUUUAUUCUCACAAUUAGUAUUUGUCAUACACUAAAUUGUGUUUCUUCUCAAAGGCCUGUUACUUUCACAACACUGUACCAUGUCAAUCGU